UAAAAUCUAACGGUUAAGAGAGCCACACUCGCCGAACUGUCCCUCACCCCUGGAAACCCAUAGAAACUCUUUCCGGUCGUUUUACCUUAGUCAUUAAGCCUCGCAAGUAGCAUCUGCAAUCCAUUGAUCCAAUACCGAAGAAGAAAAGAGAAGAAGAAGAGCAGAGGGGAGAAUGGCGUUGCAGUGGAUGAUAUUGACGUACAUUGUGGCAGCAGAGGCCGCCAUAGCCGUUUUAUUGACCUUGCCUUCACCCAAGUUCGUCAAGGAUCGUCUGGUCUCUUUGAUUUCUCUUAUUCUGCAACCUGCCCUCUUCAUCGUCCCCUUCGCAGGAUUCCAGCUCUUGGAUAUAUAUUGGAAGAACGAACAUCGCUUGAUGUGCACGUCCGAGAUCUGCACUGCUGCUGAGAGAGAUCGCUAUGAGAAAUCCAUUUACAAAGCUCAAAGGAAUGGCGUUCUGUGUGCUGCAUCAAUACUUCUCUAUUGGUCUAUGUACCGCAUUUGCAAGUAUCACAAGGAGAUCCAGAGCUUGGAGGAAGUGGAGAAGAGAUACAAGGAACAGUAGCUUUCUUAUCCAUGCCCUUCUAUCCGAUUAGUGGGAAUCGACAGAGUUUAUUUUGCUCAACACUGUAUGAACUUUGCUGUUGUGUCAUGAACUUCAUGCACGUCCAAUUGCAGUCAUCUGUGCUUGUGGCAUGCUCUAUAUGUGGCUUGAAGCUGCUGCUCGUUUUUCGUUUUUCCAUACUAAGACGAGAUUUUUUUUUUGUUUUUGUUUCUUUGCAUCGAAAACCAAUUGUCCACCCACUUGAGCUUUUGGGAACUUGGUUAUGCCACAAGUUUUCUAAUUUAAGAUCAA